GGCGGUCGUUAGUUGGUGUCGUUUUGUUUAAGUUUAGAAUCUGUGAUAACUGUUAUUGAUAAGGAUUGAAGGCGGGGUGUGAGAAAAGCUGCAACUAGCCCAUGGUUUCCUUAAUGUCAGAAUAAAAAGUAAACCAAAAUGCUGGUGGCGUCUCUAAACACGCUGACACCGCGUAUGCGGUUCAGCUUCUCGAAACCCAGGAUCGACAACAUGGUGUUUAAGCUACACUACAAAGCUACAGUGACUCUGCUCUUGGCCUGCGUGAUCUUGGUCUGCGCGAGGGAGUACUUCGGGGAGCACAUCAAAUGUAUUUCUGACCAGGGAGUUCCUGAUCAUGUUAUACAGACGUACUGCUUCUUCAUGGCCACCUUUACUAUUGUAAGACAUUAUAACGAGAGUCUCCUAGAAACCGGGUUCCUGCCUCACCCAGGCGUAGGACCCAUACUUUCAACGGAUCAGACUCUACACCACACGUACUAUCAGUGGGUGCCUUUCGUGCUCUUCAUACAGUCAGUGUGCUUCUACAUGCCGCAUUAUAUAUGGAAGAAGAAGGAAGGUGGAAGAAUUAAAGCCCUUGUAGAUGGCCUACAAUACGCUGGCUUAGCGUUAGCAGAUGAAGAUAUGAAAGUAGGAGCUAAUACGAUCCCCUCGAGAAUGACUUUAGACAGUCGAGUAGAUCUCAUCAAGAAAGAUAUUAUACUCAGGUUACGAAUUACCAGGACUUGGUCAACGUGGCUGGUGCUAAUGGAGAUAGCGAACUUAGUCCACCUCAUGUUCCAAAUAUGGAUGAUAGACAUAUUCCUCAAUGGCGCCUUCAUCGGUCUGGGGCAUAGUGUGUUUCAUUACUCUGAGUGGCAGGAAAUAGCUGAUCCGCUUGAGAGAAUAUUUCCCAAGGUUACAAAAUGCACCUUCCACAAAUACGGUCCCAGUGGCUCCAUCCAACAGCACGACGCGUUGUGCGUGAUGGCUCUGAACAUCAUAAAUGAGAAGAUCUACGUCGUACUUUGGUUUUGGUUUUUGUUCCUCUUCAUCGUGUCCGUUCUCGCUGUUGUCUGGCGAUUCCUGUCUUUCUUCAUGUACCGACGCUCGCUCAAGUUCAACGAGUUCAUGUUCCGCCAGGUUUCGCAUAGGAAGUUCAACCCUUACAAUGUUAUUCAAGUGGUCAACGGAUGCCAGUUCGGAGACUGGCUCUUCUUGUACUAUCUUGCGAAAAACAUGAAGGGGAUCGUGUUUCAGCAACUUUUCGAGCAUCUUGCCGAAGAGUUGGAGAAGCGAGAAGUGCCCUACGGUCAGAAAGGUGACGAAGAGAAAGGAGCCGAGCCCGUACUAUUGGGCAAAAUCGACUACGACGACGAGACUCUACCCUUAAAAGGUUCAAAGGAUGAUCUCUUGAAAGACAAGUUUACAUGACCUAUACUGACGAAAGAAAAAGCCAUUAAUUCUUAAAAUCUGUGAUAGCAAUUGUGCUACAAAUUAGUGUAAUAAGUAUAAAUAAAACCUCGUUUAGGUAUGGAAUGCUCAAUUACUAAUAUUGUUUAUGUUUGGACUUAUUUUAUAAUCACUCAACAGGAUUCUGUUAAGUUCCUAACUUAAACAAUGAAAAAAAUUACUCCUAAACUCAUAUGUCGCUAUCAUAAUGUAUGUAUUUUUUAUGAAAGCAUUUAAAACUGACACUAGAUUUAAUAUUUCAACGGUUGUUAUUUGUAAAAUAUUUUCGUACCGUUGAUGAAAUUAUACAUGAUAUAAUGGAAUGAAACAUUAAUUAAAGUCGUUAAUUGCGAAUGCAAUAAAUACUGAUCCUUAGAAAGCGUUGGAUAUUAUAGAUGCUGGUUGGACUAAAGACUUCACUGAUUAUUAUUAAAACGAAUUUAUAUAUUUAUAAGUGCAUGAUUUUGAAUGUAAAAUCGUUUUGCUUUUAAGUUAGAAUGCAUCGAAUAUGGUGACUUAUAAAAACAUUACCAUUUAUUUCUAAGCAAUGAGACCUUUGGGCACGAACUGAUGAAAGAUGAAAUUGCGGAAAGAUAGAACUAAAACUGCUAAAGAUUGUAUACGUUACGUGUUAUUUUCUGUUUAUAAUUUAGCUAGUCUAAAUUUAUCGUAGUGAGUAAGAAGAUCAAAAAUUACUUAAGGAGGCUUUUUUGGGCCAAUUUUACUUCUAACACAUAAAAUUCAAAGAUUUAUAACUUUCGUUUUAAUUUUUUGUUAAGUAUGAGCGAUGCUUUAUAUAUUAUUUAAUCUUAGAUGUAGUAGGUAGAUUUUUCGACACACGAUGCUCAAUUAUCUUAUAUUUUGGAUUUUGGAAAACAGGCUGUGACAGAUCGACAGAACACACAGGCGUUAUGUCGAUCAUUUUGCUAGGGUACAUAACGCUAAAAAUCAAGUCUUUCUUAAGGUAUUUCUAGACACCAUGUUAUUUUGGAGGCAUACAAACCAAAUUUUUUCAGAAUCCAAUUAUUUACUUUAUAUUUAUUUCAAUAUUAAAUAAGUCACACUUUUGUGUCUUGUUUGAAACUAAUAUUGAAUAUUUAAUUUUCAUUCGAUCAUUUUAUGAAAUCAACAAGCUGCGUGUCAGUGAGGGUGCCCAAUUAUGGAUAGUCAAUCAAAUUGUUUGGUAUAUAUGUAACGAUACACUAAUUGUUUUCAGUAGCUACAGAUACAAGCAACUUUAAAAAAAUACUUGCAAUUUCAAUGUACAUACUUUAGUAUAUUACUUUGAUUAGUGAUUAAACGAGUUUAGACAUUAUUUGCGAGAUUUCCAAGGAAAUGCACCUGUGCUGUGAUGGUGUCCUGUGCCGCUAGUUCAAUAAAUAAGUGUCCAUGUUUGCGCAUCACCUAAAUAUACUCGUAACUACUUAAUUUGCGCCUGCGCACAUAAAAUUGAUGAAAGAAUAUAUAGUUUUGCGAAGUGGCGGUGAUGGAACACUAAUUGCGUUAAUUGGGGCGAUUGUUUCGGUUUUAUGUUUGGGAAAAUAAUCCGACCAAUUAUCUACUUGAACAAAGGAUUAAUGUUACGUACCAGGUCUAUUUAUUGCAUCGCAUAGUGGUUUAUUAUAAUUUUUUUUAAACUUGCAAUGUAUGUAUGUUUUUAGUUCGGGGUGAAUUUUGCAACUCAAUUUUGAAGCAUAUAUUUAACAACAAGAAAACGUUCUGUCCACACUUUCAGCUUUGCACGUAGUAAACUGUUAUUUUACAGAUGUUCUACAGAGCUUGGUGUUAAGGACGACAACGGUAUACUGGAUAGGGCGUAAAGAGAAGCAAUAUAUAAUUUAUGGUUAGUUAUUUCGAUUAGUUUAUACUUAUUGUACCCGUCGGAUUCGUGUGUGUUAAUAAUGUAAUGUAAUCUUUUGAAGCAAUAAUAAUAAUAAUAAAAACCAAUUAUUGCUCCUUGAAAAUUACUAAAUGUGUUCUACAUGCACAAUAUUUCAAUAAAUUAGAAAUAAUUGAGUUAAGAAUAUAUCUAAGUAUUUUGUUUAUA